AUGAAGAACCUCCGCUCCGAACCGGGCGGUCGAUUCGACGCCACCAUUGGGCAUCAGUCUCGGCUUCGAGCUGAUGAGGGCACGAUGGGACCCGCACACCUUCAUCUGCGCCUCGGCUCUUCUCGUUGGUCAAAGGCGGCGAGGAUUCACGCCCCGCAAACGAGCGAGGGUGGGCACGGCAGACCCUCCUCCAACUCCCUCUCUGUCCCUGUCUUGGUCGAUUUGCAAAUGCGAGGCCGAAGAGGUGUCGGGCCAUCUCUAUCUGAGAAAGGCCUCAUCAUCAACAUGAACCUCGGUCGCUUCCACACGGUGCAGGCUCUACUCUUCUUGCUCCUCGCCCCUCUCCUCUUUUCCAUCGCGGUCUCGGUCCAAGCCGCACCGGCGGGUCUGUCAAAAGACGACUGGAAGAUCCUGUACCCCCAAGAGGCGAGGCUUCUCAAGGCCUACAACGGUCUCGUGUCGCGCCUGCGUCUUCAUGGGGCCAACAUGGACCACGACGUCUUCCAGACCUACCGCGCCAUCGACCAUCCCAUCCCCACGCUCCCCGACGAACGGGCCCUGACCCUGUUUGAACGCAUCCGAAAGAUCAACACGCUCAUGGCCUCCUUCGGCCCGGAUGGAAACAUCCACAACCCCUCGUGGCAGCUCGAAAACCUUCGCAACCAACAGAUGGGCAGGGACACGCCGCAAAGGUCCCGGCUGGUCGAGAUCAAGGAACGGCUCGCCACCCUCCAGCGCCUCUACGACCAGGCGCAGCACGAGUACGCCCUCGCCACCACGUUUGGAGGAGGAGGAGGAGGUGCCGACGAGGCCGCUCACAGGGCAAGGCUCCAGCAGAGCAUGCCCUACGUCUACGACAACUUCCAGGUCGCCGCUCGUGAGGUUUCGGCGAGCCUCGACCACCUCAGGGACAGGAUCACGCAGAUUGGGGUGUACGAUUUGGCCGCGCUCAAGAGCAGGCUCGGCCCCAUGCGCAACCGCGUGCGUCCCCUGUAG